AUGGUAAGAACACGAGCUUCAGCUCGGAGAAGACAUGCAGCUCCAAUUCAAGAUGACCCUAUAGCUGAGGACCGAGCGUUUGAGGAGGAGGCAUAUCAGGCCUAUGAGGGUCCUGUUCACGAGGAGGCAUUUGAGGCUCCUCAUGACGAUAAUGAGGAGGAGGAACAUGUCAAUGUUCCUGACAUACAGGAGGAGGAUGUCGAUGGAUUUCCUGGAGGUCCACGUGAUGCUUCAUUGCUGACACACUAUGUUCAGCAUGUUGCUUAUGGCAUUUCGCAGGGUCGGGAUCAAGGGGAGAUACUGAAGUUGAUCUCCCAUGGGGAGAUGUCGAUCACUCUUGACAAUGUCUCCAGUUUACUUCACCUUCCAGUGCUGGGACAAUUAUGUGAUUUGGAGGAGUUGGAGUUUGAGGAGGCUCGUGUAAUCCUUGUAGAACUGCUCGGUGUUGAUGGUGGCGCAGCUGGUGCUGAGAUGGAGGAUGCACGUGGUCCGAAAGUCAGACUCAGCUGGCUAAGACAUAUAUAUGUUCAGAGGUGUCAGUCGCAACAAGAUGUACACGCGUGUGGUAGAUAUGCUUGGGGUGUUGUUGCACUCGCCCAUUUGUACGACCAGCUCGAGGAUGCGAGUCUGGCUUCCACGAAGCAUAUGGCUGGGUUUCUGACUUUGUUUCAGAAUUGGAUAUACGAGCAUUUCCCUACCAUGGGAAGGAGGCGGUUGGUGUCUUCUUAUGAUGAGACCACACCACGUGCGGCUAGGUGGCAGAGCCCUCGGCAGAGUUCGACUCUUGCAGAGAUUCGGUCGCAGUUGGAUGGCCUGACAUAUAGUGGAGUUGUAUGGCAUCCAUAUGAGGGACGUCGGGGCAUUUGUCCAUUCUUUGGCAUUUGUAUGUAUUCUGGAUGGAUUCGGAUUGGUGAUAUUCUUUCCCGUUAUUUGCCUGAGCGUGUGAUAUGA